UCCUCGCGUCCCAGCUCCCUGCUAGGAGCUCGGGCUUCCUCCGCCCAGCCUCCCGGGCGGGACCCGACGCAGUGCUCCAGCCGCCCUGCAGAUGGGGCGGGCGGGGAACCGGCGCCCAGGACGCGGGUGACCAGCGCGGGCCCGCCCGCCUGCCCGGCUCCGCGCGGGGGACCGGGCGGCUGGAGGAUGUGAGGCGCCGGGACCGGGGAGCUGAGAUCGCCGAGGGCGCGCCGAGCUCCAAGUUGCAUGGCCCGCACGCCGCGGCUGCUGCGGCUCCCGGGACCGCUGCCCCGCGUCGAGUGAGCCGCGCUCGGGACCCGGGGGGCGGAGACCUUAGGCUGCGGCUGCCGGCGGACGAGCCGGGCGCUGGAGGGGGCGCGCUUUCUCCCUGCGGGUCUCAGUAAUGAGGAGACUGAGUUUGUGGUGGCUGCUGAGCAGGGUCUGUCUGCUGCUGCCGCCGCCCUGCGCCCUGGUGCUGGCCGGAGUGCCCGGUUCCUCCUCGCACCCGCAGCCCUGCCAGAUCCUCAAGCGCAUCGGGCACGCGGUGAGGGUGGGCGCGGUGCACUUGCAGCCCUGGACUUCGGCCUCCGGCUCGGCCAGCCGCUCUCCGGACGGCCACCGGGCAGGGGUGCAGCGGGAUGAGCCCGACCCAGGCUCUUGGCGGCCCCCCGCGCCCUCUGCGGGCGCGCGCUGGUCGGGAAGCGCCCUGCACGGCCGGGGCCCGCCGGGCGUCCGGAAGCCCGGGGAGGGCACCGCGGCCGAGACCCUGUGGCCACGGGACGCCCUCCUGUUCGCCGUGGACAACCUGAACCGCGUGGAGGGACUGCUGCCCUACAACCUGUCUUUGGAAGUCGUGAUGGCCAUCGAGGCGGGCCUGGGCGACCUGCCGCUCUUGCCCUUCUCCUCCCCUAGCUCGCAGUGGAGCAGCGACCCUUUCUCCUUUCUGCAAAGCGUGUGUCACACCGUCGUGGUGCAGGGGGUCUCGGCGCUGCUCGCCUUCCCCCAGAGCCAGGGCGAGAUGAUGGAGCUGGACUUGGUCAGCUCGGUCCUGCAUAUUCCAGUCAUCAGUAUCGUGCGCCACGAGUUUCCGCGGGAGAGUCAGAAUCCCCUUCACCUACAACUGAGUUUAGAAAAUUCAUUAAGUUCUGAUGCUGAUGUCACUGUCUCAAUCCUGACCAUGAACAACUGGUACAAUUUUAGCUUGUUGCUGUGCCAGGAAGACUGGAACAUCACCGACUUCCUCCUCCUAACCCAGAAUAAUUCCAAGUUCCACCUUGGGUCUAUCAUCAACAUCACUGCCAACCUAUCCUCCACUGAGGACCUCUUAAACUUCCUGCAGGUCCAACUUGAGAGCAUAAAGAACAGUACAUCCACCAUGGUGAUGUUUGGUUGCAACAUGGAAAGUAUUCGGCGGAUCUUUGAAAUUACCAUCCAGUUUGGGGUAACGCCCCCUGAGCUGCGUUGGGUUCUGGGAGAUUCCCAGAACGUUGAGGAACUGAGGACAGAAGGUCUGCCCUUAGGGCUCAUUGCUCAUGGGAAAACUACACAGUCUGUCUUUGAGUACUAUGUACAAGAUGCCAUGGAACUGGUAGCAAGAGCUGUCGCCACAGCCACCAUGAUCCAACCAGAACUUGCUCUCAUUCCCAGCACGAUGAACUGCAUGGAUGUGGAAACUACAAAUCUCACUUCAGGACAAUACCUAUCCAGGUUUUUAGCUAACACCACUUUCAGAGGCCUCAGCGGUUCCAUCAGAGUAAAAGGCUCCACUAUCAUCAGCUCAGAAAAUAAUUUUUUCAUCUGGAAUCUACAACAUGAUCCGAUGGGACAGCCUAUGUGGACCCGCUUGGGCAGCUGGGAAAGAGGGAAGAUUGUCAUGAACUAUGGAAUAUGGCCAGAGCAAGCCCAGAGGCACAAAACCCACUUCCAGCACCCAAGUAAGCUGCACUUGAGAGUGGUUACAUUGAUAGAACAUCCAUUUGUCUUCACACGGGAGGUUGACGAUGAAGGCUUGUGCCCUGCUGGCCAACUCUGUCUAGAUCCCAUGACUAAUGACUCUUCAAUAUUGGACAGCCUUUUUAGCAGCCUCCAUAGCAGUAAUGACACUGUGCCCAUCCAGUUCAAGAAGUGUUGCUAUGGAUAUUGCAUUGAUCUGCUGGAAAAGUUGGCCGAAGAUAUGGACUUUGACUUUGACCUCUAUAUUGUUGGAGAUGGAAAGUAUGGCGCUUGGAAAAACGGUCAUUGGACUGGUCUGGUCGGUGAUCUCCUGAGUGGAUCUGCUCACAUGGCAGUCACUUCCUUCAGCAUCAAUACUGCACGAAGCCAGGUGAUAGAUUUCACCAGUCCUUUCUUCUCCACAAGCUUGGGUAUUUUAGUGAGGACCCGAGACACAGCAGCUCCCAUUGGAGCCUUCAUGUGGCCACUCCACUGGACAAUGUGGCUGGGGAUUUUUGUGGCUCUGCAUAUCACUGCCAUCUUCCUCACUCUCUAUGAAUGGAAGAGCCCCUUUGGUAUGACUCCCAAGGGCCGGAAUAGAAGUAAAGUCUUCUCCUUCUCAUCAGCCUUGAAUGUCUGUUAUGCUCUCCUGUUUGGUAGAACAGCAGCCAUUAAACCCCCAAAGUGCUGGACUGGAAGGUUUCUAAUGAACCUUUGGGCCAUUUUCUGUAUGUUUUGCCUUUCCACAUACACGGCUAACUUGGCUGCUGUCAUGGUAGGUGAGAAGAUCUAUGAAGAGCUUUCUGGAAUACAUGACCCUAAGCUACACCAUCCUUCCCAAGGCUUCCGCUUUGGAACUGUUCGAGAAAGCAGUGCUGAAGAUUAUGUGAGGCAAAGUUUCCCAGAGAUGCACGAGUAUAUGAGAAGGUACAAUGUACCAGCCACCACUGACGGAGUAGAAUAUCUGAAGCAUGAUCCAGAGAAACUAGACGCCUUCAUCAUGGACAAAUCCCUUCUGGAUUAUGAAGUGUCAAUAGAUGCUGACUGCAAACUUCUAACUGUGGGGAAACCAUUUGCCAUCGAAGGAUAUGGCAUUGGUCUCCCACCCAACUCUCCACUGACCUCCAAUAUAUCUGAGCUAAUCAGUCAAUACAAGUCACAUGGAUUUAUGGAUGUUCUGCAUGACAAGUGGUACAAGGUGGUUCCCUGUGGCAAGAGAAGUUUUGCUGUCACUGAGACCCUUCAGAUGGGCAUCAAACACUUCUCUGGACUCUUCGUGCUGCUGUGCGUCGGAUUCGGUCUGUCCAUCUUGACCACCAUCGGUGAGCACAUUGUGUACAGGCUGCUGCUCCCACGAAUCAAGAACAAAUCCAAGCUGCAGUACUGGCUCCACACCAGUCAGAGAUUACACAGAGCACUGAAUGCCUCAUUUGUAGAGGAAAAGCAGCAGCGCUUCAAGACCAAACGUGUGGAAAAGAGAUCUAACCUGGGACCCCAGCAGCUCACCGUGUGGAAUACUUCCAACUUGAGUCAGGACCACCCUCGCAAGUACAUCUUCAGUGAAGAGGGAGGACAGAAGCAGCUGGGCAUCCAGCCCCCCCAGGACAUCCCUCUGCCGCCCCGGAAGAGAGAGCUCCCUGCCUCACUGACCACCAACGGGAAAGCAGACUCCCUGAGCGGGGCACGGAACUCCGUGAUGCAGGAACUCUCAGAGCUCGAGAAACAGAUCCAGGUGAUCCGGCAGGAGCUGCAGCUGGCUGUGAGCAGGAAAUCGGAGCUGGAGGAGUAUCAAAGGACAAAUUGGACUUGUGAAUCCUAGGUGAUCUUGCUGCUCCCC